UAUUGAUGAUCAGAAUGAUAUAAAGAUAGAGCCAAUGCUGUAGAUGGGUAUGAGGUGUAGAGGGAGGGUUCUCAAAGAGCGAAAGCUGCUGAUGGCAUCACCAAUAAUGAUGGUGUUUUUAACUGCUUUCCCUGGGGUCCUCUGCUACCACUCCUCAUUCAUUGACCUGGAAGCUAAAGGAAGGAACAAGUCAUCUAUCAGGUUCCUGGUUUUGGGGGACUGGGGUGGUCUGCCAUAUCCUCCUUACGUUACCCCUAUAGAGAAGGCCACUGCACGCAUGAUGGCCAAAACUGCUUCUCAGAUGGGCGCAAACUUCAUUUUAGCACUUGGUGACAACUUCUACUAUAAGGGCGUCAGUGACGUCAAUGACCCUAGAUUCCAGGUCACGUUUGAAGAUGUCUACACUCAGGAUUCUCUUAAUAUUCCAUGGUACGUCAUUGCUGGCAAUCACGACCAUGCAGGAAACGUCCUUGCUCAAAUUGAGUACAGCCAGAAGUCAAAGAGAUGGAACUUCCCUUACUACUAUUAUGAGCUGAACUUCUGCAUUCCUCGAACGGACAGCACACUGACCAUAAUCAUGCUGGACACGGUGUUGCUGUGUGGAAACUCCGAUGACUUCCUUGACCAGCAGCCCCGAGCUCCCCGAAGUGGCAUUCAGGCCAACAGACAGCUGCUGUGGCUUCAGGAACGUUUGGCAAAGUCUAAGGCUGAUUAUCUCCUGGUGGCUGGCCAUUAUCCGGUAUGGUCCAUAUCAGAGCAUGGGCCAACUGACUGUCUGCUUAAGAAAUUGAGACCACUGCUUAAGAAGUACAAGGCUACUGCUUACCUGUGUGGCCAUGAUCACAAUCUACAAUACAUCAAGGAGUCUGGUAUCGGUUAUGUGGUUAGUGGAGCUGGUAACUUUAUGGAUCCUGAUGUGCGGCACCGAAACCAGGUUCCUCGAAGCUACCUCAAGUUCUUCAAUGGUGACGCUGGCACCUUGGGUGGCUUUGCCCAUGUGGAGGUUAACAAGAGAGAGAUGACUGUUACUUUUAUCCAGGCUAGAGGAACCUCUCUUUACAGGGCUGUUCUUAAAAAGCGUGAUCUUUCCAGAGUGGAUGAGUAUGUUUGAGGUUCUUAUCCAGUUUUAAUCUUUUAGAAUUAUGCUAUGAAUUAAUGUGCUCAAGAUUAGAAAAAUGCACUCUUUGAACAAAGAUUUUAUAGAUUAGUCUUUUAAAUGGUUUAUCCAAUAACUGUUUUGUAUGUCUUGAGAACCUGUAAGUGUUUUAAAGUGAUUUAUUAAAUAACUCCUUUAAACUA